AUGUACUUGACUCGCUCUGAAUACGAUCGUGGUGUCAACACGUUUUCACCAGAAGGACGUCUGUUUCAGGUCGAAUACGCGAUCGAAGCGAUCAAGCUUGGCUCCACUGCAGUCGGACUCCAAACCAAGGAUGGCUGUAUCCUAGCCGUAGAAAAGCGUCUCAGCAGUCCACUGCUGGAUCCAUCCUCGGUGGAAAAGAUUGCCGAAGUCGAUUCCCACAUUGGUGCCGCCAUGUCGGGUCUCGUCGCCGACGCCCGGACGCUCGUCGAUCACGCCCGUGUUGAAGCACAGAACCACACCUUUACCUAUGACGAACCGAUUGGCGUAGAAGCCUUGACCCAAGCUGUUUGCGAUCUCGCCUUGUCCUUUGGGGAAGGGAGCGAUGGGGAUUCCAAGAAGCGCAUGAGUCGUCCUUUUGGAGUAGCGCUGCUGUUGGCCGGCUACGACGAACUGGAUGGCUGUCAGCUUUUCUUUAGUGAUCCAUCUGGAACCUUUGUACGAUACAAGGCCAAGGCUAUCGGCGCCGGUUCCGAAGGUGCGCAGUCGAAUCUGGAAGAGUCAUACUCGGAAACAAUGACUUUAAACGAAGCCGAAGAGCUAGCUUUGAGUACUCUCAAGCAAGUCAUGGAGGAAAAAAUCUCUAUCGAAAAUAUUGAGCUCGCCCGAGUUACCCCGGAGAAGGGUUUUCAUAUUGCGACUCCCGAGGAAGUCGCCGUGGCCUUGGAACGCUUAAAGUAAAAAAAAGUGGGAUUGUUG